AUACAUUACACAUAGACUUAUCCUUCCAUCUACCACUGCAUUGGCCUUCCAAUAUCAUCCACCCAAUCUAUCAUCCAAAAAUAAUCGACUUUCUAAACUCUGCUCAUUCUACAGCCACUAGUCUCUUACGUCCUUCACUAAAACCUUACAAUCCCUUCUUCAAACUCUUUAUUUUACUUCCUCUUUACCUUUUCUUCUUGUUCUUCUCCUUCUUCUUUUUCUUCACCUUCACAAUCAACAAACAUGGCAACCGCUGUAACUGCUGCGGUUUCAUUUCCUUCCUCCAAAUCAACAACUCUUCCUACCAGGACCUCUAUCAUCUUACCCGAUAGAAUACCCUUCAAGAAGGUUCCUUUGCACUACAGAGAUGUAUCUACAGGUAACAGAGUGGUUUCCAUCAGGGCCCAGGUGACAACUGAAGCUCCUGCUAAGGUUGUGAAGGAAUCAAAGAAGAAUGAAGAAGGUGUGGUGGUUAACAAGUUCAAACCCAAGAAUCCUUACACUGGUAGGUGCCUUCUCAACACCAAGAUCACUGGUGAUGAUGCUCCUGGAGAAACUUGGCACAUGGUCUUCAGCACUGAGGGAGAGGUUCCCUAUAGAGAAGGUCAAUCUAUUGGAGUAAUUGCAGAUGGUGUUGACAAGAAUGGAAAGCCUCACAAACUGAGGUUAUACUCCAUUGCCAGCAGUGCUCUUGGGGACUUUGGAGACUCCAAAACUGUCUCUCUCUGUGUGAAACGGCUUGUCUACACCAAUGAGAAGGGAGAACUUGUUAAAGGAGUCUGUUCAAACUUUCUGUGUGACUUGAAACCUGGCGCUGAAGUGAAUAUUACAGGACCAGUUGGAAAAGAAAUGCUUAUGCCAAAAGAUCCUAAUGCAACCAUCAUUAUGCUUGCAACUGGAACUGGAAUUGCUCCUUUCCGAUCAUUCUUGUGGAAAAUGUUCUUUGAGAAGCAUGAAGACUACAAUUUCAAUGGUUUGGCAUGGCUUUUCUUGGGUGUCCCAACAAGUAGCUCACUGCUAUAUAAGGAGGAAUUCGAGAAAAUGAAAGAGAAGGCUCCCGAGAACUUCAGGCUUGACUUUGCCGUCAGCAGAGAGCAGACAAACGAGAAAGGAGAGAAAAUGUACAUCCAAACCAGAAUGGCUCAGUAUGCAGAAGAGCUAUGGCAACUACUCAAGAAAGAUAACACAUUUGUUUACAUGUGUGGACUGAAGGGAAUGGAGAAAGGAAUUGAUGACAUCAUGGCGGGAUUGGCUGCUAGAGAUGGAAUCGAUUGGACAGAGUACAAAAGGCAGUUGAAGAAAGCAGAGCAAUGGAAUGUGGAAGUCUACUAAUUCUUGAUACCUUGUACAAAUAUCUCUCUCCUUUUUAUUUCGAUCAGCAAUUCCUCAAUCAUCUUCCACUGCAUUGUGUAGAUAGGUAACGGCCUUUGUAAUUCUUAUUUUCUUUUUCUUUUUCUUCUUCUUUUUUUUAUUAUCUUAAUAUGAAGCACUUGUAUUAUUAUGGCCUCAGCUUAAAUUUUAUUUCUGAGGAACACAGUAGAUUAUAUAAUGGAAGCCGAUUCCAGCGUUUUUUUCCCCCUUCAAA